GUGGGGUCAGUAAUCACUGUUGGGUUAUUGUUUUACAUGACGCUGCGUUUCAAUUCAUCAUCGAAUCGGCCAAGGCAGACAUUUUACUCCGGGGUAACCUUGCGCUUGUCUCGAGAAAUCUUUCAAAGGAUCCUGACGGCACCUAAUAAGAUCGUGAUGGAUUUACGGCCUGCUGUGUACGGUCUUAAUCGAUAGGAGCUAAGGUUUAUCGCCAUGUGAGAACUCUCGAUGUGAACUCUGACCUCCAAACGGAACGGUUCAGAUGGUUCAUUGGUACCGUGAUUCGCCCAAGGAGACCCUGUCCGACUUGCACCCUCUCCGCUCGCCCUCCCGUCUGUCCGCCUCAAAUCCCGUCGCCGUGUUGGUCCUGUUGUUGCGGAGCGCAUCACUAGCACCGUGACAACCUCCGAACACCACUGCGCUGGGUAUGCCUCAGCCGGGUUUGAGUGAGAUGGAGCCUGUGUUUGGCGAGGCCUAUGGGACCCAGCGUUAUCUACUGAGCCCCUACCCCUCUGCUGCCUCUCCCCUGGGCGGUAGGACAGACCAUGACCAGCAGAGUGUGGUCCUGAUGCUGGGCUCCCCGGCGUCGCCACGGAAACGGCCUUUUGAAUUGCUGAGUGACCUGGUGGAUGAUGGCUUCGGCGAGGACCUGCAGCAUGAGCGCUGGGAUGUGUCCGCCCUGGAUGAGAUCACACGCUAUGCCAAAGUGGGCCUACAGGGGGAGCCAGCAAGCACAGAGGAGCCAGUCCUAAUGGGGCGCUGGGGGGUUUUCCGUGAAGAUGACCCACCGCUGCCACCAAGGCGUGCCAGUAUACAGACCACGUCGGACCCCUUGGCCUUUGAACCCAACCCUGCCCUAAAAAGCAUGACCACAGCAGUGGAGACGCUAACAGUGGCAGUUACCAUGGCAACAGGAAAAACAAUGUGUGGAGGUCAGCAGGUCACAACAGCUGGAUCUGUUGCCCCUGUAGUGGAAGUGUACCAGGUCACUGAGGUCUCAGAGGUUGCUACCUCAGCUGUGGAGCACUGCAGUGAGGAGCACAACUACUCCCUCCAAGGUGAGCGACCUUCAGGAUCUAACCAGGGGUCAGACAGUGAGACUGAGGGAGAAGAGGGAGAGGACAGGAUGGUGGAGGCAGAAAAGAAAGAGGAGAGCAGAGAGGAGGAAGAUGAGGAGGAGGAGGAGGAAGAGGAAGAGUUGGACGAGGAGGACUGUGGAGAGGAGACCACGAUAGAGGCAGAGCACUCCAGUUCAUCUGGAACAGAAUGUGAAGUGGAGGUCGAGAGGCGCGCUGGUGAACGGCCUCAGAAACGCCGGUGUUUCUGGGAGUACCGCCACGCCCGUGAGUCUGCCACCAAGAAGCAUACGGGAGGAGAGGUCCGGUGGUCCCUGUCGUGGAGCUCCAGCACCCUGCCAAGCACCCUGUACCGCAGAGAGGGGAAGAAGGGACGGCGCAAAGCCCGAAAGACAGACGCCAGUGACCUGACGCCGAACCCACAGAAGCUUCACAACAUUGGGGAGCAGCUCCAAAAACUCAACGCCGCCAUCGAUGGAAUGGGCCCGGUUAAUGACCUUCCUGUGGUGGCCAGAGCCCGCUCCCGAAAGGAGAAGAACAAACUGGCCUCCAGAGCUUGUCGCUUGAAGAAGAAAGCACAGCAUGAAGCUAAUAAGAUCAAACUAUGGGGACUCAACCAGGAAUACGAUAACCUGCUAGGGGCACUGUUGCGUAUAAAGGAGGUGAUUCGUCAGCGGGUGGAGAGCGGUGAGGAAGAAGAUGGAGAUGACAGAGGGAUGACAAAAAGGCUGGAGGACAUCCUGAGAGAGUCCAGCGGUCCCUUGGUAGCAGGACGGACCAAAGAGUUUGUUCAGAGGAUUCUGGAGGUCAGUGCCGGGAGUGAGACUGGGAAGGAAAGCCACAAAGACGAGCAAACUGUCUGACCGUCCUUCUGCCCGAUACUGUCCGGGUUUUUUUGUUUGUUUGUUUUUAUUUUUGUUUUGUUUUUUUUUCAACUUGCUAACCUGUCCUUUUAAACACUCUCUCCCAGUCAGAGAAGGAGGAAUAGUAUGUGGUGGGGGGGUGAAGGUGGGGUGUUUACACAGAGACUGUUUUAAUAACUAAUGAAACACCCCACUCUACCCCACUUCCCCUAAGUCUUUAGUAGCAGUAUCUGUCCUUCUCUGCUGUGGCUGCUCCCCAUAGGCUAGCUGCUGCAGGUGUGUGUGAGUAUGCAUGUGUGUGUGUGUGUGUGUGUGUGUAUGUGUAUGCCUGGUUUAUCUCUCCCUCCUCCAUGCUGUAUUUGUAUCCCAUUGUGCCUAAAAAUAGACACUGCACUGUUCUUCGUGGUCGUUAGCGGAGGUCGGCCAUGGGCAUGAGGCUCUUUGAGGAGAAACAAGAUGUCAAACUGAUGUGCUAAUGUCUCGGUUAGAUAUUUGUGUAAUAGUGGUUUUAUUCAGAGCUAUAGCUGUAUGGAUUAGUCGUAGCUGUAUUUGAGAUCACGUAAAAAGGCAUGUGAGUACCUAGGAGGAACUGAAAACUGUACAGAUACAUGUUGAAAACUAGGAGCAUAAUAUGUGAAGUAGAGAAUAUGCUAAUAUGGAUGUGUCCACUGCACUGGGAAGCCAAAGUUUCCUCUGAUUUUUACUGACUGAAUAUUCGCCUGGUUCCUACGUAAUGUUCCGAAAUAGAGAACAGGAAAUAACGCAACUUUGUGAGCGACUCGGUCAAAUACUUCUUAUAGGAUACAAACGUCAAGCUUGUUAUUGGUCUGAAAAUAGGAGAAUGCUAGAAUUGUGUUGACUUAAAAAUCUCAAAACACUUAAACUAACUGUCUAUUAGACUGACACUGUAAAUUUGUGAAAUGGAAGAUAAACGUGUUACGGGAGCAUGUGUAUACUGAAAGAAAGGAGGAUUUCUAGUGUUUUGUAAUCAUCAGGGUAGACUCAGCUGUUCAGUGCUAAGAAGUGUGUUACCAGGUGUAAUACAUAGAUACAAUGCUGCAAUCCUGUGGAUGGUUGAUUGAAUGAUGAUUCUAGAAACUUCUGCAGUUUGACUGCACUUGAGGUCAGGAGUUUCGACCUGAAGACGUUCACUGAAAGAGAGACAGACAAAAAAAAAAAAAAAGCACCAGAAACCGAAAUCAACCAAAGAAAAAUGUUCGCCCCAAAAUGAAUCCCCUAAGUUGUUUCCAGUAACUCUUCCUGACCUUGUUCAAUGUCUCCCUUACAUCAUUCAUCAAUUAUCUUAAAUAAUAAAAGCAGAUUUUCAGUGGAUUAGCUGAAGUAUUUUGCCAAAAAUGUUGAAGGACAGAUUUGAAGGAGAGAUUAGAAGGAUCUCCCUCUUAAAGAGGUCAGUAAAACCUUGUCGAGUUUUUGAAAUAGUCUCAGUUUAAGACUCGAUAAUC